CGGGGCCCCGCCGCGGCCCCUGCGCUGCGUCCCGCUCUGCCCCGCAUGGAUGGAGCCUCGCAGCCUCCGGUGCCCGCUGCGCUCGCGCCCGGCAGGCCUGACAGGUAACUGAGCACCCUCAGCGUGGACCCUGGCAUGCUUGGAUGCACAGCAGCUCUUCCCACUGCUUCUCUUGGUCUGCCCCACUGCAAGAAGAUGGCAAAAGCCAACAUCACCAGAGACAUCAUCCACAGGCAGAUCAAGGAGAGGGGAGCGCUGGGCUUCGAGCGCCACUACCACGUCACCGACCCCUUCAUCCGCCGCCUGGGGCUGGAGGCUGAGCUGCAGGGUCACUCUGGGUGUGUCAACUGUCUGGAAUGGAAUGAAAAAGGAGACUUGUUGGCCUCUGGCUCUGAUGACCAGCAUACCAUUGUGUGGGAUCCUCUGCACCACAAGAAACUCCUUUCUAUGCACACAGGACACACUGCAAACAUCUUUUCUGUCAAGUUCCUGCCGCACUCGGGGGAUCGGAUCCUCAUCACGGGAGCUGCAGAUUCCAAGGUGCACGUCCAUGACCUGACUGUCAAGGAGACCGUGCACAUGUUUGGAGAUCACACCAACAGAGUGAAGCGCAUUGCCACGGCGCCCAUGUGGCCAAACACCUUCUGGAGUGCAGCAGAAGAUGGCUUAAUCAGGCAGUACGACCUGCGGGAGAACAGCAAACGCUCCGAGGUCCUGAUAGACCUGACCGAGUACUGUGGGCAGCUGGUGGAGGCCAAGUGCCUGACAGUGAACCCCCAGGACAACAAUUACCUGGCCGUGGGGGCCAGCGGGCCCUUUGUGCGGCUCUACGACAUCCGCAUGAUCCACAACCACAGGAAAAGCAUGAAGCAGAGCCCCUCAGCUGGCGUGCACACGUUCUGUGACCGGCAGAAGCCCCUCCCGGACGGGGCGGCUCAGUACUACGUGGCAGGACACCUCCCAGUGAAGCUCCCAGACUACAACAACAGGCUGAGGGUCCUGGUGGCCACGUACGUCACCUUCAGCCCCGAUGGCACCGAGCUCCUGGUCAACAUGGGCGGGGAGCAGGUCUAUUUGUUUGAUCUGACAUACAAACAGCGACCAUACACUUUUCUCCUCCCAAAGAAGUGCCACACUUCAGGGGAGGUGCAGAAUGGCAAAACCUCAACCAAUGGAGUGUCCAAUGGGAUCCAUCUGCACAGCAACGGCUUCCGCCUGGCCGAGGGCAGGGCGCACGUGAGCCCCCAGGUGGAGCUGCCCCCGUACCUGGAGAGGAUCAAGCAGCAAGCCAACGAGGCCUUUGCGUGCCAGCUGUGGACACAGGCCAUCCAGCUGUACAGCAAGGCUGUGCAGAAGGCCCCCAACAACGCCAUGCUCUACGGGAACAGAGCUGCUGCCUACAUGAAGCGCAAGUGGGAUGGGGACCAUUACGAUGCUCUGAGGGACUGCUUGAAGGCCAUAUCCCUAAAUCCUUGCCACCUGAAGGCCCAUUUCCGCCUGGCCCGCUGCCUCUUUGAGCUCAAGUACGUGGCAGAAGCACUGGAGUGUCUGGAUGACUUUAAAGGGAAGUUUCCAGAACAAGCACACAGCAGUGCCUGCGAUGCACUAGACAGGGACAUCAAUGCUGCCCUCUUCUCCAAGAGUGAUAACGCUGAGGACAAGAAGGGGGGAGGCCCCAUCCGGCUGCGCGCCACGGGCCGCAAGGACUCCAUCUCUGAGGACGAGAUGGUGCUGAGGGAGCGCAGCUACGACUACAAAUUCCGGUACUGCGGCCACUGCAACACCACCACGGACAUCAAGGAGGCCAAUUUCUUUGGCAGCAACGCCCAGUACAUCGUCAGCGGCUCGGACGAUGGCUCCUUCUUCAUCUGGGAGAAGGAAACCACCAACCUGGUGCGUGUGCUGCAGGGGGACGAGUCCAUUGUGAACUGCCUCCAGCCUCAUCCCAGCUACUGCUUCCUGGCCACCAGCGGCAUCGACCCGGUCGUGCGGCUCUGGAACCCCAGGCCGGAGAGCGAGACCCUCAACGGGCGCGUGGUGGUGGACAUGGAAGGUGCUUCCCAGGCCAACCAGCGGCGCAUGAACGCGGACCCGCUGGAGGUGAUGCUGCUCAACAUGGGCUACAGGAUCACGGGACUGACCAGCGCUGGGGCUGCAGGCUCAGACGACGAAGACAGCUCAGAGGGGCAGGUCCAGUGCCGGCCCAGCUAAAACAGAACUGCCUCUCCUUCCUCUAAAUGUUUGGCUGAAAGGGAACCGAGUUUCCUUGGUCCUGAACUUUCUCUGGUGAAUGACUGCACUGUUUCGCACUAUGCACAGGGUAGGACAAGCUGGCAGGGGCAGGAGCGGCCGUCUCUAAACCAUCACCUCCUCCUCCUCCUCCUCUUCCAUGGCAGUGCAGUCCGGGGUUUGCCUUUAGUGGAAUUUAGUCCCAACAGGGGUCUUUGAGUUGUCUGUGAGCAGUGUAACUGGUGAUUAUUUUUCCAGAGCUGCUGUAUGAUCUGGUACAGGGGCUGUUGCCUGCAUUGCAGGGGGGAUGUUAAAUUCCUGAAUAAAAUACAAACCUAGGGCAGGGGUUAUGGAAUGAAUUUACUGCAGUGAUUUUGAAAGCUUGACUGUGCUACCAGCCUGUCUAGAGGCCCCUGGUUUAUGGCUGUUGGCCAUGAAACACCUGUUUCAUGAAACACUCGUCCCAUAACAUCUUUCUUCUGGCUUCCAUCUCAGACACGUCAGCAGAUGUAGCUGUGCUGUGUUGAGGGCUGGAGGUUGCCUGGUUUGUGCCCCGGUCGUAGCUGAGGGAUCAGUGAAGGCACUGGGUGUGUGCAGCUCCACGGGGCAGAACGAGCUUGCCCAGUUCUGAUAAUCUCUCCUGUGGUCCCCGAGCCCAUGCAGGGAGGUGACAGCAAUGGGCACAGGCUGCAUCAGAGGCCCAGGACUCGUGUAGCUGAAGCUGCUGAGGAGAAGGGCAGGUGACAGCACCUCUCCAUUGCCCAGGGUGUGUAGCUGUGUUCACUUUCUCCUCUCCAUGUCACCUGGGCAGGAGCUGAGGCUGUUGUCACUGUGUGAAUGAUACAGCUACAGUCUGCAGUUGUCAGAAGCAGCAUUUUUGUGCAGCCAGCUGCUCUGUCUUGGCCAAGGUGGGCCUUCCUGCCUCUUUGUGGUGUAACAUCAGAUGGAUUCGUGGUCCUCUCAGGAACCCUCCUUCCUGUCCCCGCUCCCCAGGCCCUGGCUGGCUGCACAGCCAGGAGCACACCUGGAAACACAGCACUGCACUUCCAUUCCUCCCCCUCCUGUGACACACAGCCCUGAUUUCCCCCCUUGCAGUUGCCAAACACUAAAUACCCCACAGAUCUUACACAGCUGUGCUGCAACCACCUCUGGAGGUUGUUUUUUCUAGGACUAUCAACUAAGACCAAAGAGCCCCUGGAGAUCUGAACCGCUCUGUGCUGUCUCGCGUCUCUUCCUGCCGAAGGUCUGAACACGUUAGCCCGGGUCCCAGGGGUGUGAGGUGUGUGUCUGGGAGCGUGUGCGCAUGUGUGUGUGCUGUUCUUCCAUGUGCUGCGAUCCCUGGUCUUCCUGUUGCUGCAGUGGAAAGAUGAGAGGCCUCCCCUUCCUGCCCGGCUGCCUCUGGCUGCCUCUGGCUGCCAGGCACCGCUGAGCGCAGCUGCCUGAGCCAGGCGCUGCCUUCCAGAACAGUCCUGGAGCUGAGGAGCCGCGGAGGGAGCUGGCAGCGCCUCUCUGAGGACGCUGCUCCUGCAGAGACAGGGCUGGGGGUGCCCUCGGUCCCCGGGGCAGGGGAGCAGCUCCCUGCUCUGCCAGCUCGGGGACAGGACCAGCAGAGCUCACCUGGCCAGGUGUCCCUCAGCCCCUGGGGCACACGGUGUCCCUGCACCCCAGGGCAGCUGUCCCUGAGCCCCCGGGCAGGUUUGGUGGUUGGUUUUCACGCAGUACCUGUGACUGUUGAGUUCACCUGGCUGGGGCCGUGGCCAGGUGCACCCCCGGCAUUUGCUGCUCUUCCAAACCCAGAGGCAGCAGAAGAUUCUCCUCACUUGGGUGGCUUUCUGACAUGGUCUGCCCUUUCCUUUUUUUGCUUAAGGCUUCCUACUAGACGUAUCCUCUUCUUUUUUUUUUUUUUUUUCCUUUCCCUCUUCUCCUCCCACUCAAACUUUUUUUCAGCUUUCAGUAGACAACGUCUGUAGACUUUGAUUUUUAAACUGAGAGACUGAGAUGGAAAGCCCUGAAGAGAACAGACCUCUCCCUCCCCAUUCACCUUUUGCUGUGGCAGCUAUUUUUUGGUUUUUUUUACCCUUGUGAGACAGUGCAGCUCUUUUACCUGCCAGUUGCAGUGUGAAAGCAACCGGAUUCCCUGCCUCUGCAGUGGGUUGCUGUUUUUAAUGGCUGCUUUGGUUAAAAAAAAAGAAGAUUAAUAAUAAUAGGAGAGAAGGGGAGAGAAAAAUCUCUCUGCCUCUAGCCCCUUUUCCCCUUGCUGUGGGCAGAUUACCUGCUUGUCGCUUGUUAACAAGGAAUUUGUAUUUAUUGGUGAAGGAAAAAAAAAAACAUGCUGGGGAAGUCAGGAGAAGAUGUUGCUUUAUUGACCUCUGCUGUUUACUUCAACCCCCUCUUUGGGAAAGCUUCUUCCUGCUCUUUCUGGUUAACUCUUUCUAGCCUGGGAUAUGCAGGGAUGCCUCCUUUAUUUUUGUAUUCUAGCAAUGGGCUCUCCGUUAGGAGACUCUAGGAUUCUCUUAGUGUUGCAGUGACCAUUGCUUCUCGCUUUUUUGAGUACUAAAGACGAUCAUCUCGUAAACUUUGCCCCUGCAGUUGUAGAGGUAACACACGAGCCUUACUGCCCUCAUUAGAAGGAGCAGAAAACUUGUUUCUCUGGUCCCUGGAAGAGAAAGGGUUAAGCGAUUAAACAAUUCUUUGUUCUA